GUUUUACCUGACCUGUUUGGUUUGUUUUGGGACGGGUUCGACCCGUCUCGUAGGAGGGGCAGGGCGGGAAUGGGUACCUCUCGUCGACCCGACCUGCCCUGACCCGCCCCAUUCUCGACCCGUUCUUGCCUAAAUUACAUAUAAUCUUAGUCAAAUUACUUAGAAUUUUCCUCAUAUUUUAGCUAUAAUAAAUUUAUAAAUAAGUGAAAACCUCAAUUUGUCCAAUACAUUAACUAUAUUUUAUCAUAUUAUGGUUUAUUUCUUGGUCUUUUAAUGAAAAUAAUGAAUAUUUGUUAAGUUUUUCUCAUAAAUUACAUAUUCAUUGGAUCUACCUACCCCGACCCGCGCCCCAUCAAAUAUUACCCGACUUGAACCUGACCUGCCACGGAACGAGUAUGGGUAUCGAAAUACCCGAUCCGGCCCGACCCUGAUCCAUUGCCAUUCCUAAUUCAGUCGUUACAUUUCUAUGGUAAUUGAGAAAGAUUGAGUGACUACUGUUUAAAGCAUACAUGUGUUGGGGUUGGACCAAAAGGAAUUUCCUUUGUUCUCUAACUUUUCAACACAGAUAAAAAGACAGGGGAGUAGUACUGGCUAGAUACAAUAAAGAAGAAGUCUUUGUUAAGGGAGAGAUCCAUGGAGUGCAACCCAAGUUAAGAUACAAAAAGGAAACAAUAGGGUUACAAACCAUGGCUCCCUUAGAAUAUUUCAUGAUCUUUUCUCUUUGUGAAGAAAAAGAAAAACCCCUUUUCUUAGUGGGGGGAAGUGUCUGUUGAGGGUAGUGAGUGAGAACUGAGAAACAGAGAGUAUUUUACAAGGGUUUGAUGCAAAGAAUACAUUUCAAGUUAUUUGCCAAAAGAAUUGAGUGGCAAAAGAUAAGAGGGAAGAGGUUGCAGCAACUAGCAACCAACUUUUCCCCCAUUGGAGGAGAGUGAAGACUGAAGAAGAGUGUUGUUGUGAAAGUGGAGCAAGAUAGAUAGACCACAGCCACAUGCCACAUCCCAACUCCAUCAUCAUCAUUCAUUCAUUCCUCAUAUAUGAAGCCACCAAUAUGAAUAUGGCACAUCAAAUUUCCUUUCCCUGUUUUCUUUCUCUGAGGUUUCAUGGCUGAUAAGUCACUUUGAGGACCAGAAAUGUCAUCCCGUGGAAAGUUGGUGAUCAAAAUGGCAAAUGUUGAAUCUUUUUAAGAGAUGAGAAAUGACCCAGAACGUGAAACAGAGUACCCACUAGGUAGUGCCUUAAUUACUCGAUGUUUUGCCAUCUGAUGAAAAGAAAGCUUUCUCCGGCUGCUCAGACUGCAGAAGAAAUUGAAUAUAGCUGCCAUAAGGUCCCAUAAUGGCAAUUUUAAUAUCGGUGCAGGGAUCAUAUGUAAUGUAGUUGCUUCAGCUACUUGUACGCCAAUAGAGGAUAUAUGCAUUGUAUUUGUGAGUAGAGUUUUUGUUAAUCACAUUUACUCGGUAGAUGAAUUACAUUCCCAUUUCUAGAAAGGAAAGUCAAUGCAACUACGCUAUGAGUAGUUAAUGAACCUCAGGUAUCGCGAACAAUCCAUAUCGUAUGUGGUCACUGUCAAGAACCAGUUGAUCCCAAUAACUCUAGUUGUUGGGAGAGGUUCCAUAAUGGAUCUAAUACCACACAUUAACAUGCCCCCUCAAACGAAAGUCACUCACAAGGGUUUGAAGUUUGCACAGGUCUGAAUACAAGAAUACUAUGUGCUUCACAAAUGGGGGCUCAUUGGGAUUCGAACACAAGACCUCUUGCUCACAGAAGGCUCUGAUACCAUGUCAAAUUCAAGCAAUAAAACAAGAACACCGGAUUUAACGUGGUUUCCCUGAUCAACAGGACUAGUCCACGAGAGAGCAAGCUCUCCAAGUCAAUCUUAUUCUUCUUGUUACACAACAUACACGAGCCAUAUACAUAUAUAUAGAGGAUUCAUAAACCCUAAGGACUAAGGUCUUAAUAUGUACAAUUACAUUUUUGGUACUUAUAUUUUCAACAGUCGCCUGAUGCUCUCGUCAUGCGCAAACACUCUUCUUAUACACACAGUAACGAGAAUUCAAAAUAACAGAGAAAUAACGAAUGCAUUAUCGAUUAGGAAUAUUAACAAAUAGGGACAUGUCGGAUACCCUAAGUACAUACUCGUAUUUCUAGGCCCGAAUUUGCAAGGACUGAAAAUGGUACCGUACAAACGGUUCGAUCAAAAAAAUCUCAUAACAGAUACUAAAUCAAUAGACGGUAGUUAACGGUACAAAACGGUUGAACUACGAUCAAAUCAUGAUUUCAAUAUAAAACAUCAUAUCACUCUCACUUUUUUUGCUGCAAUUUUCGAUACAAAGGGCAAGGAGGGUUAAGGUUGUGAAGUUGAAUUUGUUAUUUGUUUUUUACAUCGAUUACAAAAAAAAAAAAAAGGUCUAGAAAUCAGGAAACGCGGGCCAACUCUUACAACGGGGGGAAAUUGGGAAUAAACCGUCCAACUUUUUCCCACCGGCUACGAAAUCAGGCCACAGCUCAGGCCGCGGGACGCGGGAAUGACACAACUUAGCGGGCCCGAAAAAAAGGACCCGCGAAAGUCAAAAUAAACGGGACGGGGUACGGUGCACGUGAGCCACAGACGCCGGAUAACGCGCGUGGUGAUUAUUAGAUAAUUCUUCUGGGUUUCAUCAUUAAACAUCGUACCUUCUCUGGACCUAAACAAGUAAGGCAACCAAACCCUAAACCUGAAUCAAGAACGGAAAGAAGAUAUAAGUUCAGAAGAAAAAAAAAGGACGACGAGCGAGAAACCGGGCAGGCGGGCGGUUAAAGCUUUCUGACAACCAUAACUUAAAAGAAAUUCAGGGAGAGAGCAACUGAGCGAAGCAAAAAAGCAGGGUAUGAACAAUUGAAAAAUCCAUUCUUUUUCCCCCCCUUUCUUCUUCUUUUGUUUACUCUGUUGGGUUACUUUGAUACGGAUUUAGGAAACGGAAUCUUCGCGGACUGAAACGAGACUCUUACCCACCGUCAGACUUGUUUUUUUUUUAACUUGGGGGUAAAUUUGCAGAGCAGGCGAAAACCCGAGAAGGAGAAGAAGGAACAGAGGAGGCAGAGUGAGAACAGAAACAGAGUAGAGAAGAAAGCAAGCAAAAAGGUAAUCCAAAAAAAAAAACUGAAAAUUGAUUAAUAGAAUAAUAAUCUGAUCUGGUCUCGUGGGCUCUGUUUUCUGAUUUGCUGUUGUUGCUGUUCGUUGCCUGGUUUUUCUUUUACCCUUUUCUUUCUUUCCGAUUAUUGAAUUCAAACGCAUGAGAAAGGUUAGAGAGAGAGAGAGAGAGAGAGAUGGGGGGAAAUGGUGGAGGUGGAGAGGUGGUGGUGGGUCCCCUGUAAGGUGAUCAGAGGAGUGGUGGGAGGGAGGGAAGAAGAGAAGACUUCAACAUCAAGACAGUAGUGAAUUGGAAAGAGAGAGGUUAGAGAGAGAAAGGAAGAUGAAAGUAAAAGACAGCUAGCAAUGAAGGUUGAGGCUCACCUACCGUUUUCCUUCGCCUUUCCUCUCUCUCUCUCUCUAGUGUGUACAAUUCCCCCUUCUCCUUUUUAGCUCUCUCUUCUCUCUCCCCUUCCUUCCCACAACUCAAACCUUCCCAAACACCAAAAACCUUCUCCUUCCAUUUCCACUCUUCUAAUCUUCACCACUACUGCUUCUCUGAAGGUACUGUUCACCCUUAACCCCCCUGCUCCCAAUUACUGUUCCUUUUCUCCCUACUCUGUUCUGCUCAUUGCUCUGCAAUUUGGUUUUUUUUUUUUGUCUCAUUUGGAUAUACAAUUGGAGGGAAAUUGUUGGCCUUGGGUUGUGUGAUUCCCCUGUUUCCCCCAACUCUCCCUUCCCCUAAAGCUCUAAUCUUUACUGGGGAUUCAGUUUUUCCCCUUUGUGGGUUUGUAAUGUUGAAUUGAGUGUUGCAUGUAGUUAGAGAAAUUCAACCCUUUUCAGGUGCAUUUUCUCUGCAUUUUGUUUAACCCAACUACACAAAAGAAAAGAGGGCUACUGUCGUUCCUCUGUUUUCUUAUCCUUAUCCCUCCUUCACAGAAUUAAUUUGGCAGUGUCGGCACGCCAUGCAUCGAGAGGAGGAAACCCAUGAGUUUUUCUCUCUUCUCCUUUUCCACCAUUUAAUUGAUAAUAAUAAUGCCCUAAGGGAGAGUGUUUGUUUCCCGUGAAACCGAAACCAAAUUGGACCGCACCCCCCUUUCUCCCUUUCUCCGCCUCUCUUUCUUCUUUCCGUUUCGGGAGCAGAGGAAUUUGAAGUUAGAACGAAACCCCCCUUCUCCCUUCAUUUUCGUUUCUACCCCCCACACACAACUCUUUGCAUUCAAUUCCGUCCCUACAUUUUUCUUUUCCCUCUCUGACGCCAUUGUUGGAGGGUUAUUGCUUGCUGCAUUCAUGAGUUAGGCGCUUAUGCUUUUCCCUCCCCUGCAGGAAUUCUCAAUUAAUUAGGCACCCAAAUUCGCAAUUCCCACCGAGCUUCCAAGGGUUUACUGUAACAGAGUGACUGAAGCAGCAAAUAAAGGUGACUACUUUACGCAAUUGGGGAAUUUCUUAGGGGAACUGUUCAUUUUGUUCCCCCCUUUUUUAAUACUUUGCGCGUCAGUUUUAAGUCCAGUCGGCAAAAAUUUCUCCAAUUUCCUUAACCUGGACGCAACGAAUUUCACUACUUUCUCCAUUGUUAUUUAUUAUUAUUCAGAACUUCCCCAAGCUCACGGUUUUCCGCCGGAAUUGUUCCUCUGUUUUCUUCUCUUCUCCUACCCAGGAAAGUAAAGACUUUUUUUCUUUUUCUUGGAAAAGUAGCAACAACAAUGGUUGGACCGACACCGAAUUUCAUGGACGAGCUAGACUGCGGCAGCUUCUUCGACCAAAUCGACGACCUCAUCGACUUCCCCUCCGACAACCUCGACGCCGUCUUCACCUCCUGUCCAGUCGACGACAACGACAGAACCAUCUCCGCCGCCAAGAACGACGCCGUCGACGAGUCUUUCCCGCCGCCCAGCAUUUGGGCCGCUCACCCGGGCUCUGUUUUCCCCAACCACGGCGGCCCCGACCUCGCCGCCGAGCUGUCCGUUCCGUACGAGGACAUUGUGCAGCUGGAAUGGCUGUCCACCUUCGUGGAGGAUUCCUUUUCCGGAGGAAGCCUCACCAUGAACAAGAACGAGUGUUCGCUCCUCGUCGACAAGGACUUCUCCACGUCGUCCUCGUCGACCACGACGUUGUCUCAACAACAACAACAUUUCAGGACUUCGAGCCCUGUUUCGGUCCUGGAGAGCAGCAGCUCCUGCUCGGGGGAACAGAAGCCUGCUUCUGCGCCUCUCAGCCCGGAGGUCAAUGUGGGUGGUCCUGGUGGGAGGUGUGGGCGUGCUCGUAGCAAGCGCCCGCGCCCAGCUACGUUCACUCCUAGGCCGGCAAUGCAGCAGCUCAUCGUCUCACCGACAUCAUCAAUCACCGAGACAACAACCCCUAUGUGCCCUGUCACCCCAACCAAGCUCACUCCUCGUGAUUCGGACAACCAUGCUGAGUCGCGGCUGCUCAUCAAAAUCCCCAAGCACCUCAUCAAAUCCGAGCAGAAGAACAAGAAGAAGAAGCAGAAGAAGGUCGAGGCGAAUGUUCCUCCUCCGCCGUUGGGUAUGGAAGAGCAAAACAAUGAGUCGGGGACACAGCAGCAGCAACAGCAGGGGGUGAGGAAAUGUAUGCAUUGCGAGGUGACCAAGACGCCACAAUGGAGGGCGGGUCCAAUGGGGCCGAAGUCCCUUUGCAAUGCCUGUGGCGUGAGGUUCAAGUCGGGCAGGCUUUUCCCCGAGUACCGUCCAGCAGCCAGCCCGACUUUUGUUCCAGCCUUGCACUCCAACUCCCACAAGAAGGUCGUCGAGAUGAGGACCAAGACCCCCAUUGGUGGCGAGAUCUUUGGUAUGGCUACAGGAGAUGAUGCUUCCAUGGUCCCUGGCUCGCCCGAGCUGCUGAUUCCUAAUCACAGCAACCCUGCCAUGGAUUACAUGUGAGAGGCAGAGCCGUACCUCAGAUGAUCGAUCGGUCGAAUGCACUAAGGGUUUUAGAGUGGGGAAUUUCAUUGCUUUGUUCAUCGGUUCUUUGUACAGAGGGGAUGGAAAGAGGGAAGAAGGUCUGUGGAGAAAAUAGCAUAGAUGAGAUGACCAAACAUUUGUAGGUAAGUAGGGAGGACAGUAAAAGAGGCAGAGGAGGGCGAAAGGGAUUAGUCGAGAGAGAUCAGAUCACAUUAUUGUAGGAAAGGAAUAGGUCCUUAAUUAAGGUUAUAUUUUUAGGUUCUGAGAAGAUAAUCAUCAUCAUGAUGCAGGGGACUCUGUUUUUUGCUCUUUGGGUUUUCAUCAUAAUUUUUUUUUUUUUUUUUGGGUUCUGGAGUCUAUUCUUUUUGUAGUUCGUUUAUGGUAGACUGGUUUUCCUUUCUGGGUUCUUGAGAACCUUUCUCUUUUUUUGUAAUCAAGUGAUGGUUGAUCUUCAUCAUCCCAUUUCCCAUCUCUUCCAUAUUCAGAACAAUUCAUUCAGGUUUUCUUUAGUAUUUUACAGUCUAGAAGAGUGGCUUGUCGGUGCUCUGUUUCCAGUGCAUUGUGGAUCCUACGAUACAGCAACCCUAAUCGUCGGUGCAGAAUGAAGAUGGAAGGGAUGGAAGGGUAGGCCAUGGAAGAUGUGGUGGUGGCUUGGAGUUUUCAAUUACCAACUGAACUUUGGUGGAGUGAGAUUAUCUGGGCUGAGUUGGCGAUUGUGACUUUGUCUAUUGCUUGCUGAUUUGUUUGUUGACGCCAUAGCCAAUAAGAGAUGGCUGAAAUUGGUGGUGGUUUAUGGCCAAUGGCCAUCAAUCUCCACAAAUUCAAAACAAUCAUCAAUAUGUCUAUAACUAACUAAUGGGUUGUGAAAUUUGAACAAAGUUUAGAUGAUGCAAUUUGGACCGAUUGUUUCGAAAUGAAGCAACUGAAAUUAAGUUUAUUUUAAUUAAAAGGGUUUGACCUGAUUGUAGUGCGGACGUAAAAAAAAAAGGGACUUAAUUUAUGAUUUGUGUUCAAAAUAAGUUACUCGAGAAGUAUGUGUAUCCAAAUGCAUAUAUAAGAUAUGUUUGGAGCACUUUGCAGAAAACAAGUAUAUAGAUUAAACAUAUACAACGAAGAAGGAAAUUGGUGUUCUUGGACAUCAGACAUAUUUGUAUCAUGUGUCUUGACUACUAUCGUUGCUUAUGAAAGACACCAUCGCUAGAGAUUAAUAGUUUGGUAAGCGGUAAUUUAUUUUUAGUGAACUUUUAACUAAGGGAAACUUGAUCUAUAAGGCAAGACAACAAUUAGUUGGGAGGAGGGGGAAGAAGACAUGGAUGAGCUUGACCUAGAAAUGCAAUCCAAUCAAAUGGCCUAAAGCUCGCUUAGACUUGAGGCUACAACCAUAAUCAUAUUUGCAUUUGUUAUGGUUAGGGUUUUGGCAAUGUGUCUCAAUCAACUAAUUACACGCAUUUUUCUUUUAAGACAUCUCUCCCAAAAUGGGGUCACUGUUAGCAAAACAAAUGAGUUGAAGUGUUACAAUGGUGGAUCAAUUAUGGCAAUUGAUUGUAUCAAUCAUCUCACACUAUAGUCUUUAUUUUUUUUGGCGUUUGCUUGCUUAUACUUUUACAAGUUUUGAUUUAUGAUAUUAAAUAAUUCGGUCAAUUGAAAUAUAUAGCAAUGAUUAUAGGUGUGACCUUCUUUCAAAGUGUAAAUUUACGUUAUGUGUGCUUCAUUCAUUAUUAUAGUUUUGAUUUGCUGAAAAUGACAUGACAAAAGUAUACCGAAUAAGAUAUAAAAGAGACGAGAAAAAUGAGGAAAUGUGAUGCAUAUGAAUAUGAUAUGAGAGAAUUUGGUGUCCGUUUCUAUUGAGUAAGUGCUUGAAAGGCUUCUUGGAACCAAAACUAAUUCAUUUGAUGGUAACCUUUGAGCUCAUGUUCCUUCCCUAUAGGACAGAAAAACGAUGAAAAUGACCCUUGCAAUUGGAAAUCAACAGCCUCACCUCUUGAAUUCUUCUAGUAUUAAAUAGCCCAGAAGCUCAACUUCUUCAUUUGUUGGUGUUUAAAAUUUUCAGUAUUUUCGUUUUCGGUUUAAAUGUUUGAGACGAGUCAUGGUUAUCACUUGACUUGGGAGAGAAAAAACCCCUAAAAGCUAGUAAUAUUAGUACAUAAGAAAUGUUAUUAUAGUCACAGUUUAUAAACCCCCGAAGGAAGUAGCAAAAAAUUUCUUCAGUAGAACAUGAAAUACCUGAAAAAUCGUGAAAAUAAAGAGAUCUCAAUUCAUUCGAAAAGAUCACAACAGAACUGUGAAAUUAACGCUGAAAAUAUUUUUUUUGCAAAGUUAAUUUCGUUUGAAGUGGAAAUGAAACAAUUUCUCAACUUUGUGAGUUUAGGCAAAUACAAGAAACGUUUUCGUUUAUUCUAUCAAAUAUGGUUUUAUUGUAUUGGGCUAACUCAGAUUGACGGCCCAAUAAAUUUUAUUUAAACCCAAUAGCUCUUUUGGUUUGUUAUAAAGAACCCGAUAGCUUGAUUACACAAAUUAGUUAAAGAUGCAGCCCAAACAUCAGACGAGCCCGGCCCACUUAUUCGCCGGUAACUUCUCGCAUAAGUAUCUCCGACAGUAAAACACACAGUCAAACACAGCUACAACUAACGACAGGGAUUUCGGACACCCGGCCGCAAACAGCCACAGCGGGCGACAUUCACACAGCAAAAUCCGGCCUGCCGUCGACUCGGCAAUGCCCCGCCAACUCUGCGCCGCCGUUAAACGGCGCCACCGGCGGCAAGAAGUUAAAGUGGCCCGUCCUGGCCAGCUUUGUUGCUCGUCACUGCGACAGCGACUGCCCCGUCGGCCCAAUAACCGGGUCGGGACAAAAACGCAAAAAAGCCCAUCCCGUCGUCCGAUUAUUUCAAGGACUUGAUAAAUUCAUUAUCAAGGACUUGGGUCACUUCAAGUUCAAGUAGAUUGUGGGAAUUGAAAAUUUUCAGAUCAAAGAAGGAAGUCAUCCUCAACUAAAGAAAGUCACGAUUCUUGACAUGUACAAACACCAAUCGAGCAAAAAACAAUCAAUUAGAUCAUUCGAU